GUUCUCCAAUCCUGUAUAUAUUAUACAGUACCUAGGUAUAUUAUAUGGCGGGUGGUAUGUUGUAUACAGUAAAAAAAAAAGCUUCCCCGCAUAUGACCCGGACCUCGGUUGCGCAGUCAAUGUCUUGUAGAUCCAGAUCUUGUUCUACUUGAGGCAUAUAUAGCUCACAUGAAAGGAACUGAUUCAUCAACUAGCCAUAACCAUCACUCAUGAUGUCCGCACCACUUGCCCUCGAAGGCAUCCGUGUCGUUGAGCUGGGCGGUCUCGCACCUGGUGAGUUUCAUCGCCUCAUCCAUCCACUGAUAAUAUACAAAUACCCCCCCCCCCCCAAAAAUAUAGGUCCCUUUGCAGGUCUCCUACUAGCCGACUACGGUGCCUCUGUACUCCGCAUCGAUCGCCCCCAACCCCCCAACAAUGACCACCUCACUCGCAACAAAACCGCGAUCACGCUCGACCUGCACGACGCUUCCUCGCGCCGUCUCCUGCUGGACCUGCUCAGCACCGCCGAUGUCCUCAUCGACCCCUUCCGCCCUGGUGUCCUCGAACGCCUCGGGCUCUCCCCGCAGGAUACCCUCCUCCCACACAACCCGCGCCUGGUGGUCGCCCGCAUGACAGGGUUCCGCCGCGACGGGAAAUACAAAGACAUGGCCGGGCACGACAUCAACUACAUCGCGGUCUCGGGCGUGCUGUCGAUGCUAGGCCGCGCCCACGAACCGCCCUAUGCGCCGGGCAACCUCCUAGGCGACUUCGCCGGCGGCGGCGCCAUCUGCUGCAUGGGGAUCCUCCUCGCGCUGCUCGCCCGACACACCACGGGCCGCGGCCAGAUCGUCGAAGCAAACAUGGUGGAUGGCUCUGCAUUCCUGGCGACCAUGCCGCGGCUGCAUCUCACCACGCCGCUGUGGAACCGCGCGCGCGGAACCAAUCUGCUCGACGGCGGGAGUCCCUUCUACGAUACCUACGAGACCAAGGACAAGGGCAAGUAUUUUGCCGUGGGCGCGUUGGAGCCGCGGUUCUACGACGCCCUGGUCCGCGGGCUGGGGUUCGGCCCGGGGGGCGAGGACCUCCUCCCGGAUCGCGAUGAUCGGGGGAAUUGGGCGCGGCUGCGCGAGAUCUUUACGCAGAGGUUCCGGGAGAAGACGAGAAGCGAGUGGGAGGGGGUCUUUGAUGGGGUGGAUGCCUGUGCGACGCCUGUGCUGGAGCAGGAUGAGUUGAGGGCCGCGGGGUAUGAGCAGCGGCCUGCGGUGCAUUUGAGCGAGACACCGGCCAGACCGAUUGCCGUGCAUGAUGGUGGGUGGACGGGGGGGGCCCUGCGCUCGGGGAGUGGAGGGAAGGAGACGCUGCGGGCUUGGUUGGGGUGGGAAUUGGGGAGGGAUUAUGAUGAGAGGAAGGAGGAUGGGGUCCUGGUUCGUAUAGGACGGUCGAAACUUUGAAUCCAGAGCCAUCUACUCAAAAACUAAAUCUACCAUAAAGUAACCUGGAAAUACUACCAGUCUAACUCUACACAUGCUGAACUGGUGGAGAGGGAUUCGUCCCGGACAACAGGUACUAGUGGUUACUAGUGGUAAUGUACCUGUCUGUACCUUACAUGUUUACCGCCCGAGGUAUAUUACAUGGCCUGGCAGCAUCAUCCCCACGUCAUUUCUUUAUUCUCUUCACUAGUAGUACUACUAGUAGUAUUCUACUUAACUUUGUUACUCCUCUCCUAGGGAGCACUUUUAAGUACUUGAUAUAGAAGUGGGUGUUUGUAUUCUUUCAAUCUAUACUGAUAAUCUAAGAAUAACCUAGUACUAGUACUUCUAUGAGUCUCGUCAAUCAGCCCUACUUGGGUAUUAGCCAGCUGAUUUAUUCUCCCGCAU